GUCGAUUUAGUUCACUUUGACAGUUUUACUAUUAUUCUGAAACAAAACGAUAUAGAAAGUAGGUACCAAAAAAACCAUCGUUUCUGCAUCGUAUUUUAUUCAAUAUUUCAAACGUUUCGUCGAUAAUAUUGAAUACGUGUGUUUUUGGAAAAGUAAACUUAUCGGAUCCAUAUAGCAUUUUAAAAGUACAGAUAAUAAUAUGAGUAUAACCAGUAUUACAAGUACACCGUUACACGACCAAUCGAACUACUAACAUUUCAAAUGCGUUACUUAUAGUUCCAUAUGACGUUAUACAUAAUAUAGUAAAUUUUUCGAAAAACGAUCGAUUCAAAUCCAUUUUUUUAAUUCUUACUAUAGUGAAAUGUGUUGCGCGUCGAACAGAUGAAAAAAAACUGUUCGUUCAAAUAAAGUACAACUGUAAAGAUUCAAGCUGUUUGGAAACUGUACGUUUGAAGUUUGAAUGAAGGAGCUGAUAUUUUUUAGUCGUAAGUAUAAUUUAUACUUCUAAAUAAGUAUAUUGAGCGAAAAUAAGGGUUCAUUUCGAUAUAAAAUCAUCGGUUUAAACAAGAUUUUGAUGUUAACUGCAGACAUAUAUUACAAUAUUGUCGCGUUCAAUUAUAACUAUUUUGUAAAAUUAUUAACAAAAACUAUUACUUACCAUAUACUUAUACUCAUAAUCAAAUAAUCGAAUAGAACUAUAUGGUGUAAUAAAUUACGUUACGUGUAAACGUAAUCAAUUAUAUUAUUUAUAAUUAUACUUCAAUCGAAUCAAUGAUUUAUUUUCUCCCUCAUAUAUAAACAAUGAACGUUUGAAAUAUAAUAAAAUAUUAUUGUUUUAGAUUAAAUAUGGACGCUGGUAAUCAAGUCCGACGGCCUCCUCAUCCCAGAGUCAACGCAAAUAUAUUUGAAAUACUUACGUUUGGGUGAGUAUUAUAAACUAUCGAAACAUUUAAAUUUAAGCGCAAUAAUUCAAUACCAAUAAAUAUAAAAAAACUCUUCAGUUGGAAAUUUUGGAAUUAUAAUUUUAAAAAAAGGGAUUAAUCUAUGGUUAUUUUCAUUAAUAAUUCAAAUUUAAUGUAAUAAUAUUUGAAUAUAUUAAAUGGAACUUUGCGAUAUGAUUUGCUAAUUGUUACCAUUUAAUUAUCUUGUAUUACUUUGUUUUGUUGUUCUGUACUAUUCUAGAAAUUUUAUUUGUAAUAUUUAAUUUUUUUUUUUUUUUUGUUUAUUAUUGCUCUUUUUAAUACGUAUUAUUUUUUAUUUUAUAAUGUAACUCUCUACCACCAUUACCACCAUCUCAAGCAUUUCGCUUAAAGGAGAUAGAUAUUUUAUUGUAAACAUUUUUAAUAUUUUGUAAAUUAUUUUAUUUAUGUUACAAUAAACAUUUAAAAAAGAAUAAUAAUAAUAAUAUGCGGUGUAUCACCUAUUAAAAUGUAAACUUAAAAUACUUGUAGCUAACUCUGACAGCUACUAUAGAUAUUUUAAACGUGUUUGUUUCCAUUUAAAUGUUAGAUGGACUCUCAACCUCUUCAAAACGGGACAACUAAGAGAUUUAGAAUUAAACGAUUUGUAUACAACAUUAAAUGAACACAAAUCAUCGUCACUGGGCUGUGAAUUAGAAGAGUAAAAUAAAUAUUUUAUUGAAAUAUUCAUUUCAAUUUAUAUUAUACAUCAAUAUUUCGAUCUUAGAAAAUGGAAAAAUGAACUUUCUAAGGCUAAGGAAGCAAAUCGAACGCCUAGCUUAACGAGAGUUUUAGUUCAAAUGUUUGGAGUUCAGUAUCUAUUAUACGGGUUAUUGCACUCGGUACUUGAACUUUUUCUAAAGUAAGGAUCAAAUUAUAAUAUACUUAUACCUAUAAAUUAUUAGUUUUAACGUUUUAAGUUUAUUAAUUAAUCGUAUAAAAGAUAGUUAUUUGUUUGUAUUUCUAAAUCACACGAUAAUAGUGUUCUAUCAUUUUCAUUUAUUUGGUAUACCAAUAGACCUAUUAACCUUAGGUUAAUAGAUCAAUAGGUAUACCUUAUGGUUGAAAUAUACAAGAUUAUUGCAUAUAUACCCCUUAUCAAUCAAAUAUUUGAUGAUAAAAACAAAAAUGGCAACGUAAAGGGAUUCAAUAAUAAUCAAUUAUAUUUACUCUAAUUUUCUGUUUUCAUGAUAAGAAAAUUGAAAUUUGUGAUAUACUGAUAUCCCUUUACACAGCCAUUUUGUACUUGAUGAUAACAAUCCGAGUCUAUAUCAUAGACUCUAUGGUCUAUGUACAAUAAUCUUGUAUAUUUCAACUAUGGAUAUACCUGUAUUUUUUGCGUCAGUAAUCAAAUAAAUUCUAUUAUUCUUAUUUCUUAUCUUAAAUUAUUUGUGUGGAAAAAUGUAUAUAUAUGUAUUUAUUUUUAACACAAUACGAAAAUAAAUACUAAUUAAAUAUUAAUUUUAUUCAUGUACAUACUAUAUAGAGGUAUGUACAUUACAUUAUAAAAAAUGCAUACAUUUAUGUGUCACACAAAAAUGUAAGUACAGUUAAGAUUUAAAUUGUAUGAAGGAAUUAUAGUAGCAUGUAUGCGAUAUAUUCAAAUAAUUAUGUGGGUAGAUAAAACAUUUUACGAUUAGGAUAAAUUUGAAUUAUUUUAUAACUUCUAUACUCUUCUUAGGAUAAAAAUGAUUUAUUGAAAAAAAACGUCAUUAAGAAUUAAAAUUCUAUACAGUUAAUUUAGUUUACCCCCACUCCCCCGGGCAUUCUGUCUUUUGAAUAACCUUUAUAAAACGUUUUACAAUUAACAAGUAUCAAUAUUACGAAGCACUUAUAGUUAUAAUACACAAACUCUUGUAAUAUAAUUUCAAUCGUUUAUUAGGUAAUAAUUUAACGUACGCCACUAUACGAUUCAUUACCAAUAUUAGUAAUUUUAAUUUAGUUAUUUUUUGAAAUUACUUUAAUUUGAAUUGGCGUUGAAAGUUCAUUUCAACUCUCAAGUCUAAUCAAUCUUUGUUAUUAUUUUUAUUGCGUUCAUUUCCGGCGUAUGAAUCAUGUAUAUAUAUGUAUUUAAGUAUUAUUUCAUCGUCGGCGGUCUUCAAUCAAUAGUUUAAAAAUAUAGUCUUCGUUAUGAAUAACUAUAGCACUCCAACAAUAAUUAUACCUAACAUUCGUGACUCACACUCCCGAAAAUCAAGGCCACUGCAGAGCAAUUUUCACUACUUUUAUCCAAUUAAAAUAUAAUUUAACGAAUUUUAUGCAUAAAUCAUUAACUUAUGUUAAAUAUUGUGUUAAUAAUGUUUAAACUAUGGCUAAAUAAACACACGUACCAGCAAAACUGUUCUGCGCAUUAAGUGUGCUCCAGAAAUGUAAUGAACAAAAAAAAAACUCGGGUAAUAAAUGGUAAUAAAUGGUUUUAUUAAAACCAUUUUAUUACACAAUGCACAUAACCACAGAUUAAGAUCAUAUACACAAUAAAAAAUAUUAUUAUAUUUAUAAUCACUAGACAGUGCACAGUUCUUCCAAAAAAAGACCUUAAAAAACCCUGAAAAACUCAAAUAUAAAACCACAUAAUGGUAAAUAAAGGUCCGAUUACAAUAAACCGUCACUUAGUUGACAACUAUUAUACACCAAGUAAAUGAAUUAAAAAUAAUGACAUUAUUUUGUUUACAAUUUUGUAGUUUUUUAAACAAUUUCUAAGUAUUGAAAAAUAAACUUAAAUAAUUAUUUUGUUCAUGAAAUAAAAUAUUGCUUAACACAUUAAUAUUUUAAAUUUUAAAUUAUUACAGAAUUGAUAAAAAUCUAACUUCAAUUUACAAAAAAGAUAUGAGCAUAAUUAAAAGCAAUGUGUUUAAAUUUAAAAUAAAAUAUUUCCCUUGUUUUGAGUACACCGCUGUUGACACUACAGAUAUUUUAAAGAUUGUGUAACAUUUAUUUCUUAUCACACGUUAUCAUUCUUUGGUAAAUCUGACCCACGGAUAAAAAGAACUGUCUUUAUCCAUAAUCUGACUCCAUCGAUAGGUGGGUGGUGGAGACAUGGUUAUUGUAUCGUUUCUUUCAAGACUAAGACACAUGCACAGUGAUAAAGAAAAUACGUAUUUUUGUUGACAUGCUUGUUUAUUUAGCCAUGGUUUAUUCUAUUGGUUAAGACACGUAAUAGUUUUUUAAAAGGAACUUCUAAACUAAACAAAACACCAAGUAAAUCUAGACUUAACAAAUAGAAUACAGAAACAAAUUCUGAAAACCAAUGGCUACAACCUAAGGAUACCCUACCACCCAGUUAUGAAAACAAAUGGAACAGAUGAACAGAUUUGGAAGUCUCUGAACAGACUUAGAAUUUGUUUGAAACAUUGUUUGUUAAUAUAAAUAAAUGAGGACUUCUGGCCACUGGGUGAAGAAAAUGAAAUAUGCUUAUGUGACCAAGAGCAAAACAUGGUUCACUUACUUAGGUGUCCAGAUAGCACAUACACUUGUUCAGAAAAGGACCUCAUACAUGCGAAUCAAAAGGACAUUGCUGUAGCCCGGUAUUAGACGAAGACUGUGAUUUUAUAACCAUUACCGGCCUGACAUUAACAGAAUACACUGAUUUAUAUUAGCUGUAUUUAUUUAUUUUAUUUAAUUAUCUUAUAUAAGGUAAUUAAACUAUAAACUAUUAAAAUUUAAUGGUAAUUUAUUGUUAGUUAUAGUUUAUUGUUUUAGAAAAAUGACUGACGUGAACAAAAAAUUAUAUAGGUAGAGGGUAGAUGUAGGUACUUAUUCUUAUUAGAUAAAAUGUAAUCGAUUUCGGCGGUAAAACUCUGAAAAGGAAAUCUGACUGGAAUAAUACUCCAGGAGUACUAAAGGAGGUAAUUUGUGGAUUUUCUCUGAAUUUUGCUGAAUAAAUGGGAAGAAGCGUAGGUAAAUCGGGAAAAUUUAUGAAAUGUAUUGUUUUCAAUUUUUUGUUUUUUUGUUUUGUUUUAUUUUGAUUCAAUUAAAAAUAUUUAUAGAGGCUUGAAUUUUAACAGACUUCUUUUUCUUUUUUUUAGACGUGGUAAAAUUUUCAAAACAUUGUAGCCGUUUUUGAACGAUUUAUAAAGACAUUUUAAUUUUACGGGGUUUUUUACGUAAUUUUUGUUCGAUAGAUAUUUUGUAGAAAAAACUGUUAGACUAAACAGAAAUGCUAGACAAUUUAACAUGAGGUUCAUUAUAAAUUGUAUUUUGUAGUAAAAAAAAAUUUAGUAUAAUGUAAAAUUUGUUUUUAUAAUAAUUUUAAUAUCAAAAUUUGAUGAAAACCGUUUUAUUAAUAAUUAUUAAAGAAAAUAAUAUAUAUAAUGCGUGUAUAACUAUUUUACCAUAAUAUGUCAAAAUAUUAUAUUUUGUUAACGAACUGCUACACUAAUCGAACUCUGCUCAGAAUCGUUAUUCGUUAGCAAUGAUUAAUCGUUUCGUACAGAUAUACAUUUAAUUUCCCCUCUUCCUCACCUAUAACAGUGACCCACCCAUCGUGCGAAGUAUGUACGAAUAUUUUACCUUUUAAAUUGAUCGUGUAAAAAAAAAACCACUUACCAGUAUACAUCAAACAAUAUAUAUUAGAGUCUAGGACAAUAUUGCUCUAGUAUUUCAAUUUCCUCGUUGAGGAUCCGUUUAUGUUUCCAAGUUGACAGGUUUUUAUUUGUUUUUAUUUUUGUUGGAAGAGGUUGAACAUUAUAUGUCUAGUGUUAUAUUUUUUCGAAACAAGAUGUCCGUCACGAUUUGCCGAUACAAAAACAAGUCCUCCGAUGUAAAACAAAACCCAUUCUCUCUGAAAUAUUGUUAUAACCUAAUUAAUUAGAUAAUCAUAAUAUUAAUGGGACAAAAUACACAUAUUGAUCGUAAUAAUAAUAUUAUACUUGUUUGUCUGUGUACCUGUGAAGAAUGAUUCAGCCCUUGUUCAUCAGCGGACUGUUAAAAUAUUUUAGUCCCGAUCAGUCAGACGACACGGAUCUCACCAUGGCCUACUGGUACGCGUCCGGUCUUGUAUUUAAUAUGCUGGUGUCAGUGGUUGUGUACCAUGGGAUACAAAUAGAAAUUUUAACUAUUGGCAUGAAGAUGCGAAUCGCCUGCUGUUCAGUGAUAUAUCAAAAGGUACAUACAAUGUUAAUAAACAAAUUUUCUACAAAAAAUAAAAAAACAAUUCCAAAAAUGCUAUUAAAAUUAAAAACCGUUAGCAUUUUUGUACGUAUAGAGCAAUAGUUUGUCGAAUUUAGAAAUAGGUACCGACUACCGAUACGUGUAUUUCACGUUAAUUUUAAUUUAUCCGUUACCUAUUUUAUAUCGUUUUAAUCGCGUCGUACAGUAAAUAACCGAAUUGAAACAAUUUUAUCACGGACUUUUUUACAAGUGUUUCACAUAUUAUUAUAACCUAAAAUAAUACUAACAAGGAAAAAUAUCUGAUACUGAUGAUGGGUGCGCGAUUGUUGUAAUUGGGAAGUUGGAAAGGUAGGAUACAUAAAGUUAUUUAAUUUAUGUUUAUAUAAGCAAUGAUAAACCAUUGCUAAUGAAAAUCGAUUCUAAACAAUGCUCCUUUAUAUAUGAUUUUAAAAACCGUAAUAUUUACGAUUUUCAUCAAAAUUUUAUUUUAAAACCAUUAUAAAAAAAUUAAUAAAUUAUACUGUUCGUUACAACCUCGUGUUAAAUUGCUAAGCGUUUCGCUUUAGUCAAACAAUUAUAUCCAAAUUGUACCUACCAAAUAAAAACUAAGUAAAAAUCUAGCAUACAUAAAAUACCUAUAACAAGUUUAAAAAUCGCUAAAAUAUUUCAAAAAUACUACAUUUUUCAUAUAGAUCCUCGUUACGCAACAACGUGUUAUUGUCGAAAAGUGCGGUACUAAGCAUAUCUAGCUAGGGGGUCCAGGGUAUAUCCAGGGUACACAUACCGGCCGCCGAGUACUACUACCUGACUCUGAGUUUGAAAAUACGCCCGCAACAAUAUAUUAUUAAGUGUAUCGUAUUUCUUUUUUAGGCGUUACGACUGAGUAAAACAGCUUUAGGUAAGACAACAGUCGGAGAGGUAGUCAAUUUGUUGUCAAAUGACGUGAACAGAUUCGAUAUGGUAGUCAUAUUCAUCAAUUAUUUAUGGAUGAGUCCCUUACAAACGAUAAUGGUCACGUAUUUUUUGUGGCAAGAAAUAGGAGUGUCGUCGACAAUUGGAGUGGCGGUGUUGAUUAUGACUAUCCCGUUACAAGGUUUGUACGAAAACGAAUAGAAUGUGUUCAUCUAAAUGAGUGAAUGGUUAAAAUUAUUUUGAUAUUUAAUUUAUAAAACAAUGUUUGAACUUCAGGUUGGCUGGGAAAAAAAAUUUCUGAAUUUCGUCUUAAGACGGCCGUAAGAAGCGACGAGAGGAUACGUUUGAUGAAUGAAAUAAUUUCGGGAAUUCAAGUGAUCAAAAUGUAUACGUGGGAAAAGCCUUUUGCAAACCUUGUAGAAUACGCAAGAAAGUACGUCCAAAAGUUGACUAAAUUAUCAUUAUUUGAGAUGAAUCGUUUUUAAUAUACAAAAUAUAUACAUAAUGCGUAUCUAUUAUGUAUUAUCAUAGAAAGGAAAUCGAUCAGAUUAAAGGUUCGUUGUACUUCAGGACCGUAUUAUUAUCUUUUACGUCAUUUCAUACGAGGAUAGCGAUUUUUUUCAGUAUAUUUACCUACGUGUUACUCGGAAAUUAUAUUUCCGCUCAAAAAGUAAAACUUAUAAUUUUGUAUUUUAAUAUAUAUAUUAUAUACGUAAUUUAUUUUAUUUUAAUAUUUUGUAAAUAUCUAACUUAAUUUAUUAUUUAGGUAUUCGUUUUAACAUCGUAUUACAACUUAUUGCGGAAUACAAUGACCGGGCUAUUCCCGCAAGGCAUUGGGAUAGUAGCGGAAACAAGUAUAUCUAUUAAAAGACUUCAGGUAAAAAUCAAAAUUAUUUGUUUUUUUUUUAUAAAUAAAUAAAAAAACCAGAUGUACCGAAGUUCAAGAAAUCGAUUUUUAGAAUCCAAAAACCGGCCUUUAUCGAAAAUCCGAAUUCCAGAUUCUAAAAUUUGAAUUAGAAUUCUUUUAUAUUUUAUUUUUAUUUGAACAUUACGUCCUUGGGGUCACUUAAAACCACCCCCGGAGACUUUGAGCAUUAUGCCAAAAAUGAAAGUGCAAAUGAUUUUUGGUUCUUAUAGUAUUUUAUAUAACUGUGAAACUCAAAAUUUGGAUUUUGAAUUUCAAAAAUCCGGAUUUAUGUUAAAUCAUUAUGAUAAAUACGGCAAAUUAUUUCCACAAUUUUAUUUAUUAUUAUUAUUUUUUUUAGAAUUUUUUAAUGUACGAAGAAAAACAGUGUCAACUAGAAGUUAAUCAACCUAAAACUGAUAAUACGGUAAAUAAUACCGUUAAGAAGCACUGCAAUGAAGAAACCGAACAAUCAAACGAAUUUGGGAUAAUCAUUUCCAGCGCUACGGCCAAGUGGACGGCCACUCAAACCGAAAACUCUUUGGAAAACAUUAAUUUGACCGUAAUACCAGGUCGGCUGGUUGCAAUAAUUGGACCCGUGGGAGCCGGAAAAGUAUAUUUAUUUCAUAAUAUGUUGCGAACAAUUUAAAUGCAUCGUACAUAUAGAGUGAUUCGUUUAUUAUGAUCCAUAUUGAUCCAGUGCUGCAGAUGAUUGUUGGGUUGAAUUUGAUGUCUGUUUCUUUUUCAACCAUUAUUGUAUCGUUAAAGCUUUAAAGAUUUUCAUCCCUUUACUUUUUAAACACAGAUUUAAAUAUAGAGAAAAUCUUUCAAAAUACGUCAAUAGGUAUGCAUAACAUUAGUAUUGAAUUUACUGUUUGCAAGGGUUGUAAAAAUUUAGGAUUUUGAUCGGACGUGUAGGAAAUGGUUAUUAUCUAAAAAUGUCCUCUUCUACUUUUAAAAACGUAUUCCUUUCUCACAGUUGUCAGGUUUCUUUUCGAUUGGCUAAUUCCAUGGGAUGCCCAGCCCGAUAAACAAAAAAAAAGUCAUUAACAAUAAUAUAAAUAUUAUAUUUUACAACGAAUGACAAAAACUACAUUUUGUUUUCUUUAUUUCAUGGGAUGCUCGAACAUCGCGGCACCUCAUGGUCGGUGCCCAUGAUUCUUCUCGACAAGAAUCUGUUCAAAAUGGGAGAUUGCUUUUUUAAAAUAAAAAGUGUAGGGGUAAAAUUUUUAAAAUAUUGUUAAAAUAAACCUUCGACGAAUAAUAAAAAAAAAAAACACAGAAAUCAAAUUCACCUAAAAUCUUCCGAAGAAAACACUGAAUCGUAAUAAAAAAAAAUCCUCCCCCCCUGAAUUUAUGUCACAUCACUUUUAUUUUAAUAUUUGUUUACAGAGUUCGUUGUUACAAGCGAUUUUACGAGAAAUACCACUUUCUACAGGAAGUAUUACUGUGCACGGUAAAGUAUCGUACGCAUCGCAAGAACCGUGGUUAUUCUCGGGUUCCGUCCAACAGAACAUCUUGUUCGGUUCGCUAAUGAAUGAAGAACGUUAUAGAAAUGUAAACAAUAAUUGUAAUACCUAACCAUAAUUUUAUUAAAUAUUAUUUUAGUCGUAGCAAUUACCUAUCUUAAUUGUCGGACUUUUAUUAUAACAUGCAUAGGUUAUAAAAGUAUGCGCUUUGAAAACGGACUUGAAACAGUUUCCGUACGGCGAUCGGACAGUCGUCGGGGAACGAGGAGUUGCUCUAAGCGGCGGACAGAGGGCGAGGAUAAAUUUAGCGCGGUAAGUUUAAUUGUUAUAAUUAUUUUAUUAUAUCAACUAUACAAUUCGGUCGAUUUUCUAAAUUGUAACCGUUUUGUGCCAGAGCGGUGUACAAAAAAGCGGAUAUUUAUUUAUUGGACGAUCCGCUGUCGGCAGUUGAUACGCACGUCGGAAAACAUUUAUUUGAAAAAUGCAUCAAAGGCGAGUAUAAUAAUACGUCGAAAAACACGUACGAUUGUAAUAUAGAUACGUAUUGUCAUUAAUUGUAUAGGUUUCCUCGGAGAGAAGACGUGCAUUCUAAUUACACAUCAAAUACAAUACUUGACUAGUGUCGAUCAAAUAGUUCUUAUGGACAAUGUAAUAAUAUUAUAUAGGUAACUGAUAGUUUUGAAUCGUGUACAAUUCAUUUUUUAUUUCUUUUACAGGCUACUGUGUUAGCCGAGGGCUCAUAUCAGGAACUUCAAGAUUCCAAUUUGGAUUUUACAAAAUUGCUAGGUUCUUCGGAGGAAACGAUUAUUGAAUCGGAAAACGAAUCGAUUACCGCGAAGAAUACGAUAACCAGUACUAAUUUGAAUUCACGACCGUCGUAUAAACGACAAAUCUCCAGCCAGAGUAUGCUAUCGUCGGCUGACGAAUUAAAAUUCAACGAUGUCCAAGAAGCACCCGCGGAAGAAGCGGAAACUCGGGCUAGCGGCAGUGUUUCGUCUAACGUGUACACGUCAUAUUUCUCUGCCGGCGGAAGCAAAGUUAAAAUAAUGUCUUUAGUUUUCGUAUGUAUUUUCGCUCAAGUAAUGGCGUCCGGUGGAGACUAUUGGAUAACCUAUUGGUAUUACGCACAAUUAUAAUUAUUCACUAUUAUUAUUAAAUUAUUACUGAUCAUGGGUGCCUAUUGGGCAGGGGGAAAGUAAAAGAUUUACUCUAGUGGAAAAUAAUAAAACCCAAUAAAACUUGUUUCUCUUGAGUUGUGAUGUACCACGGCGUGUAGCCUGAGUGAUUAUAUUGGUUCAUGUUCUCGUAACGGGCCCCUUAUAAUUCCAGAGCAUUGUGUACAGGUCUUGUGUUUUUAUAAUCAUAUCUUUACAUUAGUCUUUAAACUUUAAAUGUGUGUUUAGAAACCGAGUUCCACUUGGCUCCUCCUCUGAAAAUUACCUUAUGGGCACUCAUGUUACCGACUGUUGUUCAUUAAGCAUAAUUUCGUACCUAUAGGAUAAAUCUAGAGGAGCACGUUUUUCAUAGAUUAAAAGCCACACAUUCGUCAAACAGUACAAGAAUAACAUCAGAAGAUAAUGUUACAUCCACGUCGUUAUUAGGAUGGUCGAUUACUCGGCACACUUGUUUCGUAGUUUUUGCAGUUUUAACGUUUGGAGUGAUCGUGACCACCAUUAUCAAAGCAACUACGUUCGUAUCGGUUUGUAUGAGAGCUUCGGUGAAUUUGCACAACGCGAUGUUCACCGCCAUAACCAGAGCCACAAUGUAUUUCUUUAACACCAAUUCCUCUGGUAAAAUCAAAAACCAUUAGAAUUUUAGCCAUCUAAACCGUGCAUCCGUAUAUUAUAAGGGUUCCUAAUUAUUUAUUUAUUUAUUGUUCUAAAGGACGCAUCCUUAAUAGAUUUUCUAAGGACAUGGGAGCAAUCGACGAGAUGCUUCCGGCUGCCUCGAUGGAUUGCAUACAAGUAAUAAAAUAUAUUAUGUAAUAAUUUAUUUUGAAAUGUAAUAAUCAAUAUCGCUAAAUGUAUAGAUCGGGCUAAUGCUAAUCGGAGUAGUCAUUGUCAUUGGAAUUAUUGACAUCUAUCUCAUGAUACCUACAUUUAUCGUGGCACUGAUAUUUUAUAAACUCAGAGUUUUUUAUCUGUCCACUUCUCGCAGUAUCAAACGGUUGGAAGGAAUUAGUAAGCGAAUCGUAUGGCAUUUUAAUCAUAUAUUUUAACAUAACAUUUUAAACGGGAUUUUAUUUGUUUUUUUUUAACAGCACGAAGUCCCGUAUUUGCACAUUUGAAUGCAUCUCUUCAAGGUUUAACUACGAUCAGAGCGUACAAAGCGGAACAAAUUCUUUCCAACGAAUUUAACAAACAUCAAGUAAAUACCUAUUGUAUUAUGUAUAUAUAUAUAUAUUACUUUUCCCCCGUAGCUUGUAAACCAUCGUCAUACCAUUUCUAUACUAUGCCUCUAUAUAUUUAUAUGCAUCCUUAUCCAUUUGCUAGCUGUUCUCCAUUCAUUAUUUCCAUUCGGGAGCUCAAAAUCUUCCCUGACUCUACCGUUGACGAGAUACUCUCGAUAUUUUCUUAUAAGAUGGUUAUAAGAUGGAAAAUAUAUAACAAACAUAAUGUAUAACUUAAAUUCGUUUUAAUGUAUACUAUAUGAAUCAUAUGUCUAAAAAUCUAUACAGGACCUGCAUUCUUCAGCUUGGUAUAUGUUUAUUUCGGCGAAUAGAGCAUUCGGUUUGUGGUUGGAUAUAUUCUGUUUUAUUUACGUAACUAUUAUUACAUACAGUUUCUUGGUCAUCGGCAAUAGUAAGUUAAUAUAAUUUUACUUAGUAUAAAUAUGUUCAAAAAAGUUGUGCGCAAUAUGUUCUUAAACACGAUUUCACUCAAUUGUAUUAUACGCGAAUGUAAUUUGUUCAAUUGUAUUUUAUUAGAUACUUAUGGCGGAAACGUCGGUCUAGCUAUUACUCAAGCAAUCGGAUUAGCCGGCGCGUUUCAGUGGGGAAUGCGACAGUCGGCCGAACUAGAAAACCAAAUGACAUCGGUAGAAAGAGUAUUGGAAUACACGAACGUUCCGCAAGAAGGUCCACUUGAAUCCGCACCAGGUAAUAUUUAUUUACAUACGUCACAAAAAUAUUGGGGAAAAAUGUGCCUUUUUUUUCUUUAGAUAAAAAACCACCAACCGAAUGGCCUUUAAACGGAGAAAUAACGUUUAAAAACUUUUAUCUGAGAUAUAAUACAAAUACGGCAUUUGUUAUAAAAAACUUAAAUGUAAACAUAAAAUCGAUGGAAAAGGUAAUACCGAUAGUUAUAUUUUUUUCAAAUAUUACUCGUAGUGUUACGUAAUAAUAUUUUGUGUUACAAAUGAAGGUAGGAAUCGUCGGUAGGACUGGUGCUGGGAAAUCGUCUUUAAUCGGAGCGUUGUUUCGAUUAGCCAUUAAUGAGGGUAAAAUUAUCGUUGACGGGAUAGAAAUUAACGAUUUGGGACUUCACGAGUUACGGUCCAAACUUUCCAUCAUCCCUCAAGAACCAGUUUUGUUUUCAGGAACGAUGCGAACGAAUUUAGAUCCGUUCAACGAAUACGCUGAUCAUAUUAUUUGGAAUGCUCUAGACGAGGUAAACGAUGAGUAAAUUCAAUUACAUCGCCGUGAGAAUUUAUGAAAAUUACGUUCAAUACGCAUUUACUAAUACCAACUGUAUAUUAUUUAUAGGUGGAACUCAAAGAUGUCGUUGAAGGUUUACCCGAUGGCCUUAACUCGAAAAUGUCCGAAGGCGGUUCAAAUUUUAGUGUUGGCCAAAGACAAUUGGUGUGUUUAGCAAGAGCUAUUGUGCGAAAUAAUAAAAUUCUUGUGUUAGACGAAGCCACUGCGAACGUCGAUCCACAGUAAUAAAUAACUAACUUUUUUAGUACUUACACAAGAGUAUUAUCAAUAGGAUUAACUCUGCGUUUUUCUUUUAUAGAACCGACGCGUUAAUCCAAAAUACCAUUAGGAAUAAAUUCCGAAUGUGUACAGUAUUGACUAUUGCGCAUCGUUUGAACACGGUAAUGGAUUCCGAUAAGGUGCUCGUAAUGGACGCGGGCACAAUGGUCGAAUUCGACCAUCCGUAUAAUUUGUUGCAAAAUGAAGACGGGUUUUUGUACAAAAUGGUCGAACAAACCGGGCCGGCCAGCAUUGAUUUAUUGCACAGUAUAGCCACGGAGGUAUUUGAUUUUUCAGAUUUAUUUAAAAUACGAGUACCUACGAAGUGAUUUUUUUUUUAAUUUGUGUUUAUUUUUAUUUUCGCAGAGUUACUACAGGACGAUUACGAUGAAAGAAUCCUUGAUAAAAUCGUAAAACAGAAAUAUGUACGGUUAUACAAUAUGGCGUAGGUGUAUUUCAUAGUCGCAAUCAAUGUUCCUCUCCCUCUAAAAAAAAAUAGCAGUCUGUAAGUCUAUUAUAAAAUAUCGUGAUAAAUUUGCCCAAUAAUAUUAUAUUUAAAAUUUGUUUACAAUUGUGAGUUCAAUAAAUGUCUUGUGGUUCCCUCGAAUUAGAAACGUUUUUAACACAGUAGAAUUAAAAAAAAAAAAUUCAAAAUAUGUAUUUCAUAUUCACGUUGUUCACAAUGAUAUACCAUGUGGUAUAUUAAUAUACUAUAUUCAUAAUAUGGCACAGAAAUGAAUGCCUAUAAUUUAUUUCGUUUAGCAUUUAUGGUUCUCCGUAUUACCUAAAUAAAACAAUAUUUAGUGUCUAGAUAUCAUAGAUUUUUUUCCUAACAACAAUUUUUCAAACGAUUAUAUAUUGUGUACAAUAUAAUAUAUUCUUAUGGUCGUAUAUUUUUUGUAAUUUAUUGAAUAUUUUUAAUGUGCACAUAAAUUUAAAACUACAGAAAUACAAUUCAGAAUAUCAUAAGAUCAUAUAUUAUAGUUUUUUUACGAGGUUUUAUUCUAGGUAUGUCAACCACGCGUAUUAUAGUCAUGUACGUGCGGAAUGUCGAAUUCAUAAUAUUAUGUUCCUAUUCCAGGAUUGAGGUAUUAAAAUCAAUACCAUUAUACCUAUAAGCUCGGUAUCCCGUAAACCGCUGGAUAUUACGCCAUUUUAAUCGGAAUACUGAAAAAACCAUAAUCCUCAAAUUAUAGUUAAUUAGUUAAAAUGAAAAGUGUAUAAUUUAUCACAUUUUAUUUCGCGCAAUAAACGUC